GAUCGCGAUGCCCUAGAUUGAGCAGGCCGCUCCCCUAUAUAUAUAAUCAGCGGAGCCUCCAUUUUCAGCGACUCCUCUAUUGCCAGCGCCGUCGUCAUCUCUCUGCACUCUUAGAUCUGGGAGCUAAGGCGGUCACUGAUUAGUAAGAUUCGAUGGCGCUGGUUUUACAUUCUACAAGUAACAAGAAUGCAUUCAAGACACUUAUUGCUGCUGAGUACACUGGAGUCCAAGUUGAGUUGGCUAAGAAUUUUGAAAUGGGUGUAACUAAUAAAAGUCCUGAAUUUCUUAAGAUGAAUCCCAUAGGGAAGGUGCCUGUGUUGGAGACUCCUGAUGGUUCCAUUUUCGAGAGCAAUGCUAUAGCUCGAUAUGUUACUCGUUUGAAGGAGAACAAUCCUCUUUUGGGCUCUUCUCUCAUUGAAUAUGGUCACAUUGAACAGUGGAUUGAUUUUGCAACAUUGGAAAUUGACACGAAUGUUUUAAGAUGGUAUGUUCCACGAGCUGGACGGUUGCCUUACCUUGCACCUGCUGAGGAACUAGCGAUAACUAGUUUGAAGAGGGCUCUCGGGGCAUUGAAUACCCACCUUGCCUCAAACACAUACCUUGUUGGGCAUUCAGUUACAUUAGCUGAUAUUAUUAUGACAUGCAAUUUAUAUUUGGGAUUUUCAAUGAUAUUGAUUAAGAGUUUUACAUCAGAGUUCCCUCAUGUGGAAAGGUACUUCUGGACUUUAGUUAAUCAGCCUGAGUUUCGUAAGGUCUUAGGCGAGGUCAAGCAGACAGAAUCUGUUCCACCAAUUUCCUCCCAAAAGAAACCUGCUCAACCUAAAGAACCAGCUAAACCUAAGGAAGUUAAAAAAGAACAAAAGAAGGAACCUGCAAAACCAAAAGUACCAGAAGUGGAAGAAGAGGAAGAAGCACCCAAACCGAAGCCAAAAAAUCCUCUAGACCUACUUCCUCCUAGCAAAAUGAUAUUGGAUGAGUGGAAGAGGCUCUAUUCCAAUACAAAAACCAAUUUCCGUGAGAUUGCUAUCAAAGGUUUCUGGGACAUGUACGAUCCUGAGGGUUACUCCCUAUGGUUCUGUGACUACAAAUACAAUGAUGAGAACACUGUUUCAUUUGUCACCUUGAACAAGGUGGGUGGUUUUUUGCAACGCAUGGACCUGACUCGGAAAUAUGCAUUUGGAAAAAUGCUCGUUAUUGGUUCCGAGCCCCCAUUCAAGGUGAAGGGGCUGUGGCUUUUCCGGGGGCAAGAGAUUCCAAAGUUUGUGCUCGAUGAGGUGUACGACAUGGAGCUUUAUGACUGGGUGAAGGUUGAUAUCUCUGAUGAAGCACAGAAGGAGAGAGUGAAUGCCAUGAUUGAGGAUCAGGAGCCUUUUGAGGGCGAAGCUUUACUGGAUGCCAAAUGUUUCAAAUAGAUGCCAUAUGUUUAGCGUUGCUGGUGUUAUUUCUAGUAUUUAAGUUAUCAGGAGUGCCAACUAGAUGAAAUUUUGUUCAACGGUAAUUUUAGUGUUUCUAAGCCUCAUAGUAGACCAAGCUAAAUCUCUGAAAAACCUUGGUAUUCUGGUGGUGUUUUAAAAUUUUAUGAAAUGUUCAUUUGUGAUUGUGCCAA